AUGGUGUUCGAGUCGGUGGUCGUGGAUGUGUUGAACCGCUUCUUGGGGGACUAUGUGGUGAACCUGGACAAGUCGCAGCUCACUCUGGGCAUCUGGGGAGGAGCUGUGGCUCUGAAGAACCUGGAAAUUAAAGAAAAUGCCCUGAGUCAACUGGAUGUACCAUUUAAAGUUAAAGUUGGUCAUAUAGGUAAUCUAAAUCUUAAAAUUCCAUGGAAAAACCUGUAUACUCAACCUGUUGUAGCUGUACUGGAAAACAUUUAUUUACUCAUAGUGCCUUCUUCUAUAAUAAAAUAUGAUCCCUUAAAAGAAGAAAAGCAACUCUUGGAAGCAAAGCAACAGGAACUAAAAAGAAUAGAAGAAGCAAAACAAAAAGUAGCUGAUCAAGAAAAACACCUGGUGGAGAGACAGGACACUUUCACAGAAAAAUUAAUUACUCAGAUCAUAAAAAAUCUUCAAGUGAAAAUUUCCAACAUCCAUAUUCGUUACGAAGAUGAUAUCACAAAUCGAGAAAACCCACUCUCAUUUGGUAUUUCCCUUCAAAAUCUCAGCAUGCAGACGACUGAUCAAAACUGGGUUCCUUGUUUACAAGAUGAAACUGAGAAACUAUUUCGUAAGUUAAUCCGAUUGGAUAACCUUUUUGCCUAUUGGAAUGUGAAGUCUCAGAUGUUUUAUCUUACUAAUUAUGAUGAUUCGUUGGACAGCUUGAAGACUGGCAUUGUCAAUGAAAAUAUUGUUCCAGGCGGUUAUGAUUUUGUGUUUCGCCCCAUAUCUGCUAAUGCCAAACUUCAGAUGAAUCGCCGAUCUGAUUUCGACUUUUCUGCCCCCAAGAUAAACCUGGAUGUUGAGUUACAUGACAUAGCAAUUGAAUUUAAUAAACCACAGUAUUUCAGUCUUAUGGAGCUUCUUGAAUCAGUUGAUAUGAUGACACAAAAUCUUCCAUAUAGGAAAUUCAGACCUGAUGUACCUGUUCACAACCAUGCCAGAGAAUGGUGGGCUUAUGCUAUACAUGGUAUUCUUGAAGUAAAUGUUUGCCCCCGUUUACGGAUGUGGUCAUGGAAGCAUGUUAGAGAACAUAGGCAAAAAAUGAAGCAAUACAAAGAACUAUAUAAGAAAAAAAUAACAAGUAAGAAGCCACCUGGUGAACUUCUCAGCCUUUUGGAGGAGUUGGAAAAGACCCUGGAUGUAUUCAGUAUAACUGUAGUGAGACAACAAGCAGAAGUUGAGGUAAAGAAAGCUGGAUACAGGAUUUACAGAGAAGGAACAAAAGAAUCAGAGGAAAAUAAAGGAUGGUUUAACUGGCUGUGGAGUUGGUCAGAAUCAAAAACUGAAGAACAGCAACCAGAUAUUAAACCUGGAAGUCUUGAAGAAAUCUUGACACCUGAAGAAAAAACUUCACUCUAUGAAGCAAUUGGCUAUAGUGAAACAGCAGUUGAUCCAACCUUGCCAAAAUCAUUUGAAGCAAUGAAGUUUUAUGUACACUUGAAAAGUAUGUCUAUUGUCCUAAGAGAAGAACAACAAAAACCUGAGCUGUUAGAUAUUGUAGUAGAAGAAUUUAGCACUUUGAUUGUACAAAGACCGGGAGCACAAGCAAUUAAAUUUGAAACCAAAAUAGAUUCCUUUCACGUUACUGGCCUACCAGACAAUUCAGCAAAACCCCGCCUUUUGUCUUCAUUGGAUAAUGCUACAUCACUUUUCCGGAUUACAUUUGAGACAAAUCCAUUAGAUGAAACUAUUGCUCAAAGGUGUAUUAUAGAAGCUGAACCUUUAGAAGUGAUAUAUGAUGCAAAAACAGUGAAUAGUAUAGUGGAAUUCUUCAGACCUCCAAAACAGGUCAAUCUAGCACAGCUCACUUCAGCAACUUUGACAAAACUUGAAGAAUUUCGUGAUAAGACAGCAACAGGUCUGCUGUAUAUUAUUGAAACACAGAAAGUUCUUGAUCUCAGAAUUAAUUUGAAAGCUUCAUAUGUUAUUAUCCCACAAGGUGGAAUUUUUAGCCCAACGUCAAAUCUGCUUCUUUUGGACCUUGGUCAUUUAAAGGUAACAAGUAAAAGUCGUUCAGAAUUACCAGAUAUGAAACAAGGUGGGGCCAAACUUGAAGAGCUAAUGGACAGAGCUUACGAUUCCUUCGAUAUUCAGCUUACAAGCAUACAGCUGCUUUACAGCAGAGUUGGUGAUAAUUGGAAAGAAGCACGAAAACUCAGUGAAUCUACACAACAUAUUUUGGUACCUCUGCACUUCAGCGUGGAAUUCUCGAAGGCCAUGGUUUUCAUGGAUAUAAGGAUGCCUAAAUUCAAGAUUUUUGGAAAGUUACCACUGAUUUCCUUAAGAAUUUCAGAUAAAAAACUUCAAGGGAUUUUGGAAUUGAUUGAAAGCAUUCCAAAACCCACACCUGCAACUGAAGUGCAUGACCCUGUCAAACCAUUUCAGAUACAAAGGUCUACUUCUUUGGGAGCAUCACAGAUAUCACAGAAAGUGAUUCCUCUAUUGGAACUGAAACGUGUGGAAGAUGAUUCAGAGGAGGAAUUUUAUGAUGCACCAUGUAGUCCCUUGGAAGAACCUUUUCAGCCAACAAAUAAAAGUUGUCAACCAAAAGAGCUUCAGAAGUUGGAUUGUUCAAAAAAUAUAAUUCAGUAUAAAAUAAGAUUUGAAGUACCAGAGGUAUCAGUUCAGUUUUAUCACCUUGUUGAAGAUCGUGAAGUACCUGUAGUAGAAAUUCUUGUCUUAGGAUUGGGCACAGAAGUAGAGCUUAGAACAUUUGAUUUGAAAGCCACUGCCUUUUUGAAAGAAUUCUGUCUAAAGUGCCCGGAAUACUUGGAUAAAAACAAAAAGCCAGUUUAUCUGAUUACAACAUUGGAUAACACAAUGGAAGACCUUUUAACACUGGAAUAUGUGAAGGCUGAAAAUAAUGUACCGAACUUGAAAAGUUUCUAUAAUAAUGUUGCACAACUGAUUAAGGUGAAUUUUUCCUCUUUGGAUAUUCAUUUGCAUACUGAAGCACUUCUGAAUACAAUAAAUUAUUUUAAUAAUAUUCUUCCACAAUUGGAGGAAAAAUCAGCCUCAGUGUAUGUUGCAGACACUGAAGACAAAGGAGGGGUCAUUAAAAAGAUAUCAUCAAAACGAUCCAGGAAUGAAGAUAUUAUUACCCUGCAGAUUUUAGCAGAACUGUCAUGUUUGCAGAUCUUUAUUCAAGAUCAGAAACGUAAUAUUUCUGAAAUUAAGAUUGAAGGGCUUGAUUCUGAGAUAAUUAUGAGGCCUUCAGUAACUGAAAUAAAUGCAAAGCUAAGGAAUAUAAUUGUUUUGGAUUCCGAUAUAACAGCUUUAUACAAAAAGGCUGUUUAUAUCACUGGAAAAGAAGUUUUCAGCUUCAAAAUGAUUUCUUAUGUGGAUGCAACUGCUGGUUCUGCAUACACAGAUAUGAGUGUGGUCGACAUUCAAGUUAAUUUAACCGUUGGUUGCAUUGAGGUGGUUUUGGUCACAAAAUUUUUAUAUUCUAUAUUGGCAUUUAUAGAUAAUUUUCAAGCAGUUAAAGAAGCUUUGGCUGAGGCAACUGUUCAGGCAGCAGGAAUGGCUGCUACUGGUGUAAAAGAAUUGGCACAAAGAAGUUCUAGGUUGGCAUUAGAUGUUAACAUCAAAGCCCCGGUUGUGCUCAUCCCACAGUCCCCAGUUUCUGAAAAUGUUUUUGUUGCUGAUUUUGGACUAAUUACAAUGACCAAUACAUUUCAUGUGAUAAAGAGCCAGAGCAACCCCCCACCCAUUAUUGAUCUGAUUACAAUAAAACUGAGUGAAAUGCGGCUAUAUAGGUCUCAAUUUAUUAAUGAUACAUACCAGGAAGUGUUGGACCUACUGCUGCCAUUAAACCUUGAGGUGAUUGUUAAGCGAAAUUUAUCCUGGGAGUGGUACCAAGAAGUUCCUUGUUUUAAUAUAAAUGCUCAACUAAAGCCCAUGGAGUUUAUUCUUAGUCAAGAAGAUAUAACAACUAUUUUUAAAACAUUAUAUGGUAACAUAUGGUAUGAAGGUGAUAAUGUCUCACCAGCUGGAGUAAAAGAUCAGAACAGUGGUACUAGUGGAGUAAAUAACGUAUCACAUCAUUCAGGAGGAACAACUGUAGUGACAGCUGCCGUGGUAGAAGUACAUUCCAGUGCCUCUCAAGUGAAGACGACACUGAACAUGAGUUUCAGAACUGAUUAUCUCACCAUGGUCCUGUACAGCCCAGGUCCUGAACAGACUUCCUUUACGGAUGUUCGUGAUCCUGCACUGAAACUUGCUGAAUUUAAGUUGGAGAAUAUAAUAAGCACUUUAAAAAUGUAUACAGAUGACUCAACAUUUUCUGCCUUUUCAUUAAAAAACUGUAUUUUAGAUGAUAAAAGGCCUCAUGUCAAGAAGGCAACUCCUAGAAUGAUAGGGCUGACAGUUGGAUUUGACAAAAAGGACAUGAUGGAUGUAAAGUAUAAGAAAGUCAGAGAUGGUUGUGUAACUGAUUUGGUCCUUCAAGAAAUGUAUAUUUGUGCAAGUGUGGAAUUUCUGCUGACAGUUGCAAAUGUCUUUCUGGAGGCCUACACCACAGGCACUGCUGUAGAAACCAGUGUUCAGGCAUGGACUGCUAAGGAAGAAGUACCUAUACAGGAACAAGAGAAGUGGGAAAUUAAUAUUAUUAUUAAAAACCCUGAAAUUGUGUUUGUGGCCGAUAUGACAAGAAAUGAUGCUCCUGCAUUAGUCAUUACAACACAAUGUGAAAUUUGUUGGAAGGGUGACCUUGAGAACAAUACAAUGACUGCUGCUAUUAAAGAUCUCCAAAUGAGAGCAUGCCCAUUUCUUCCAGACAAGAGAAAAGACAAAAUCACUACAGUUUUGCAGCCCUGUGACUUAUUCUAUCAGGCUACUCAGACAGGUACAGAUCCACAAGUGAUUGAUAUAUCAGUAAAAUCACUAACACUAAAGGUUUCACCAGUUAUCAUAAAUACUGUGAUUACCAUAACUUCAGCACUUUAUACAACUAAGGAAACCAUCCCACAAGAAACUGCUUCUACAGCACAUUUAUGGGAAAAGAAGGAUGUAAAGAAUUUAAAAAUGUGGUUUCUUGAAGAACCAAAAGAAGUUCAAAACAUAGCUCCCACAACUGAAUUGGUACCCAAAGGAGAGAAAAUAAAAAUGAACAUUGAUUCUAUUUUUAUAGUUCUUGAGGCUGGAAUUGGCCAUAGAACAGUGCCUAUGCUUUUGGCAAAAUCAUGUUUUUCGGGGGAAGGUAAAAACUGGAGUACCCUCAUAAAUCUCCACUGUCAGCUGGAGCUAGAAGUGCAUUAUUACAAUGAAAUGUUUGGUGUAUGGGAACCUUUGCUUGAACCCUUAGAAAUUGACCAGACUGAGGAAUUUAGACCAUGGAAUCUUGGAAUCAAGAUGAAAAAGAAAGCAAAACAGUCCAUCGUUGAAUCAGAUACUGAAGAAGAAAAUUACAAAGUGCCAGAAUAUAAAACUGUCAUCAGUUUCUAUUCAAAAGACCAAUUAAACAUUACAUUAUCCAAAUGUGGUAUCGUAAUGUUAAAUAAUUUAGUCAAGGCAUUUACAGAAGCUGCCACUGGGUCUUCCGCUGUCUUCGUAAGGGAUCUAGCGCCUUUUAUGAUUGUAAACUCUCUUGGACUCACCAUCUCUGUUUCACCAAGUGACUCUUUUAGUGUACUCAAUGUUCCAAUGGCAAAAUCAUAUGUAUUGAAAAAUGAGGAGAGUUUAAGUAUGGAUUAUGUCCGAACAAAAGACAGUGAUCAUUUCAAUGCAAUGACCAGCUUAAGCAGCAAACUUUUCUUCAUCCUUCUUACACCUGCUAAUCACUCUACUGCUGAUAAAAUUCCUUUAACAAAAGUGGGACGCAGACUAUACACCGUAAGACACAGAGAGUCUGGAGUAGAAAGAUCUAUUGUUUGUCAGAUCGAUACCGUGGAAGGAAGUAAGAAGGUAACAGUUCGCUCCCCGGUGCAGAUUAGAAAUCAUUUUUCAGUCCCACUUUCAGUUUAUGAAGGGGAUAUUUUACUGGGAAUAGCUACACCUGGAAAUGAAUUUAACAUACCAUUAGCAUCUUACAGAUCACUUUUUUAUCUGAAGCCAGAAGAUGAGGACUAUCAAAUGUGUGAAGGAAUUGACUUUGAAGAAAUUAUAAAAAAUGAAGGCACUUUUCUAAAGAAGAACUGUAGAUCUAUAAACCCUUCUAAGAAACCAUUUAUCAUUAAUGUUGUCCCAGAAAGAGAUAAUCUGACAUCUUUGUCAGUGUAUUCAGAAGACGGUUGGGACUUACCAUAUAUAAUACAUUUGUGGCCACCUGUCCUACUUCGAAAUCUUCUUCCUUACAAAAUUGCUUAUUAUAUUGAGGGGAAUGAACAGAGAGUUUUUACUCUAAAUGAAGGAUGUUCUGCCCAUAUUUGUACUGUGCAAUUGGAUCAAGCCAAGAUACAUUUAAAACUACUUGACUAUCUUAAUCAUGAUUGGAAAAGUGAAUAUCAUAUAAAACCUAAUCAACAGGAUAUUAGUUUCAUCAAUUUUACCUGUGUUACAGAAAUAGAAAAGACCGAUCUAGAUAUUGCUAUCCAUGUGACUUACAAUCCUGGCCAGACAGUUGUGGCAUUUCAUAGCCCUUAUUGGAUGGUCAAUAAAACCGGUCGAAUGUUACAGUAUAAAGCAGAUGGAAUUCAUCGAAAGCAUCCACCUAAUUAUAAAAUGCCAGUUCUCUUUUCUUUUCAGCCCAAGCACUUUUUUAAUAACAAUAAGGUUCAGCUUAUGGUAACUGAUAGUGAAUUGUCAGAUCAGUUUUCAAUUGACACUGUUGGGAGUCAUGGAGCAGUUAAAUGUAAAGCCCUAAAAAUGGAAUAUCAGGUUGGUGUCACUAUUGGCCUCAGCAGUUUUAACAUUACCAGAAUUGUGACAUUUACCCCUUUUUAUAUGAUUGAAAACAAAAGCAAGUACCGUAUAUCAGUGGCUGAAGAAGGAAAUGAUAAAUGGCUCUCUCUUGAUUUGGAGCAGUGUAUCCCCUUUUGGCCUGAGGAUGCUUCAAAUACACUUCUUAUUCAAGUUGAAAGAAGUAAAGGCCCUCCUAAAAAGAUACAUUUUAACAAGCAAGAAAAUUGUAUUUUAUUGCGUCUGGAUAAUGAGCUUGGAGGUAUUAUAGCAGAAGUUAACUUGGCUGAGCAUUCUACAGUUAUUACAUUUUCAGAUUAUCAUGAUGGAGCAGCUACAUUCCUGUUAAUAAAUCACACUAAGGAUGACAUUAUUGAAUAUAGGCAAAGUUCUCUCAGUGAAAUAGAAGAUUCUCUCCCUCCCGGAAAAGCAGUGUUUUAUACAUGGGCUGAUCCAGUGGGCUCUAGAAACCUGAAGUGGAGUUGUGGGAAAUGCUACGGGGAAGUGACACAAAAGGACGAUAUGAUGACAGCUAUAAAUUCGGGGAAAAAGACUAUUUAUUUAGUUUCAUUCUUUGAAGGCUUACAGCGCAUUAUUUUAUUCACUGAAGAUCCAAAGGUAUUUAAAGUGACAUAUGAAAAUGAGAAAGCGGAAUUAGCGGAGCAAGAAAUUGUUUUGGCAUUACAAGAUGUUGGAAUUUCUCUCGUCAAUAAUUACACAAAGCAAGAAGUAGCCUAUGUUGGCAUUACAAGUUCUGAUGUGGUUUGGGAGACAAAGCCGAAGAAGAAGGCAAGAUGGAAGCCAAUGAGUGUAAAGCACACUGAGAAGUUAGAGAAAGAAUUUAAGGAAUAUAUUGAAUCUUCACCUUUAGAAGAUAAGGUUACUGAGUUGGACACUAAUAUUCCGGUUGUCUUUACACCUAGUGGUAGUAACAUGAAAAUUCUGCAACCACAUGAAAUAGCUAUACGAAGAAAUUAUCUGCCAGCAUUAAAAGUGGAAUAUAACACAUCUGCACAUCAGUCAUCAUUUAGAAUUCAAAUUUAUAGAAUACAGAUCCAAAAUCAGAUACAUGGUGCUAUAUUUCCAUUUGUAUUUUAUCCUAUUAGACCUCCCAAGUCGGUCACCAUGGAUUCAGCACCAAAGCCUUUUACAGACGUCUGUAUUGUCAUGAGAUCUGCAGGGCACUCCCAGAUAUCGCGCAUUAAAUACUUCAAAGUGUUGAUUCAGGAAAUGGACCUCAGGUUAGAUCUUGGGUUUGUCUAUGCUUUAGCAGAACUUAUGACAGAAGCUGAAGUAACCGAAAAAACGGAGAUUGAACUUUUUCAUAAAGAUAUAGAAGUUUUCCAAGAAGAAUAUAAAACAGCAUCAUUAGUAGACUCAUCACAAGUCAGUCUCUAUGAGUACUUUCAUAUAUCUCCUAUCAAGUUGCAUUUAAGUGUUUCACUGAGUUCGGGUAAAGAAGCAGCUGAAGAAUCAGAAAAACGUGUAGGAUUUAUUGCAAUUCGUUCUUUAAAUCUUUUGCUGAAGAGUAUUGGUGCCACUCUCACAGAUGUGCAAGAUGUAGUUUUUAAACUUGCAUUUUUUGAACUCAACUAUCGGUUUCAUACAACAUCUGAACUACAAUCUGAAGUAGUAAGACACUAUUCCAAACAGGCCAUUAAGCAGAUGUAUGUACUCAUUCUUGGACUUGAAGUUUUGGGAAAUCCCUUUGGCUUAAUUAGAGAAUUUUCUGAAGGUGUAGAAGCAUUUUUCUAUGAACCUUACCAGGGAGCCAUCCAGGGUCCUGAAGAGUUUGUGGAGGGAAUGGCACUGGGACUGAAGGCAUUAGUUGGUGGAGCUGUGGGUGGGUUAGCCGGUGCUGCCUCCAGAAUCACCAGUGCCAUGGCGAAAGGGGUAGCAGCUAUAACCAUGGAUGAAGACUACCAACAGAAGAGAAGAGAAGCCAUGAAUAAGCAACCAGCUGGUCUUAGAGAAGGCAUCACUCGUGGAGGAAAAGGCUUAGUUUCUGGUUUCGUAAGUGGCAUAACAGGAAUUGUUACAAAACCAAUCAAAGGAGCUCAAAAAGGAGGAGCAGCUGGUUUCCUUAAAGGCGUUGGGAAAGGAUUAGUUGGCGCUGUGGCAAGGCCAACUGGAGGCAUCAUAGACAUGGCUAGCAGUACAUUUCAAGGGAUAAAAAGGGCUACAGAGACUUCAGAUGAAGUGCAGAGUCUGCGACCCCCUAGGUUCUUUAAUGAAGAUGGAGUUAUUCGACCUUACAGGUUGAGGGAUGGAACUGGAAAUCAAAUGUUACAGGCAUCAAAAAGUUUGAUAUGAAAAGAGUUAAUGCAUGACUUUGCAAGUGAAAGCCAACAGUAGAUUUUAGUCUUAAAAUUUACAAACUACCUACAGUCGUUUCACUGUUUUAAAUACAAAGAAAAACUUUUGUUUUGGUAACUUUUGUAUAGGAUUUUUAGUGAAUCUGAUCUUUUCAUAGGUUAUUCUUAGUUCUGUCCUGGAUUUGGUAGAUUUGUUGAAAGUCAUUGUGCCUAUAUUCCCUCAUAGUUGGUGGUACUUUGUAGCCAAUUAGACCAUUGUGUUUUAGGGCACCUCAUUCUCUUUAUCAAGCCAGUAGGAGCUUUUAUGCCUAAUAUAAUUCUCAUGUCCAAUUAGACAUGGAUAAGGAGAAAAAUCAGGACCAUUACGAUUUGAAUUCUUAGGUUCGUGUGUUUUUCUUUUGAAGAUGCUCAAGUAGCCAAAACCUUCUUUCUGCUUUAUGCUUCUAUAGUCUGUUUUAAAACCUUGUGGAAUUUGUAAGUAGCUCACAAGAAAGCCAGCAUGUUUUAGUGAGGAAAAUUAGCUUUUGGAAUAAUAGACAGUUUGGUGGUAGAAUAUUGUAUCUGUUCAGAUUACUUUCUUACUAGUAAAUUGGACUUUUUAAAAAUCUGGAUUAUGGCAUAGGUAAUAUGCAUCAUAAUAGGUUAUACCAUUUUAAAGUGGUUUGUGUGGUUUAGAUGUAGAAUACUAAAUUAAAUUAUUUUUGGAAACAAGGAAUUAUUAUGCCGUACAGACUUGAAAAUAUUCAGGGUAAUAAUAUACUGUGGGAAUAUAACCCUUUAUAGCCUUGAAAUUUUAAAUAUUGUCAUAUUUGAAGUGAUAAAGAUCAAUAAAACUCUAUUAUUUUGCUCACUGCAUGCAGAGUGUAUGAUUUUGCAUUAAAUGUGUACUUUCAUCUAAUGUAGUAAAACAUAACCAUUGAAUUAAUGUGCGAUAUUUAGUAAAGUGAUUUGACAUUGUGUUUAAAAUAUUGUUUAAGUCGUUAACAUGAUGCCAUGUUGAGAUGGAACUGGCAGUCGAGUGGGAGGCCCUGCUGUCUCGGGCAUUUUGUGCAGUCCUUGCAGUGGCAGUGUGUCAUUCUGUGGGGGAGGGGAAUGUGCAGAACUCACCUGUGCUUCACACACUUGAAACAUACCUUUCUACUGGGUACUUGCCUUCCCUUUUCAGAACACAUACAUUUUAUUAGACUGAAUAGUUAUCACAUCUUUUAAACAGCUAAAAAUAUUUAAGAAACUGUUUUAAUAACUUUAGGAAGUAAGAAUGAAUAAAUAAGAAUUUAAAAAUAUAUCAUCAUUAUUAGAAAACAGAUUAUGUAUUAGAAUACAUAAAAAAGCCGUGAGAUAAUAGAUGUUUCUCGUAGUUGAUAACUUGAUUUCACUGACGAGUAACUUUAUUCUACAUCUUCAUUAAUUGGUUUUUGAAGCUUUAAACUUCAGGAUUUAAAGGUCAGAACGUUUGAUUAUAUUUUUAAAAAUAUGUAUAUUAUUUUUAGUAGGCCAGUCUCUGCAUUUAUUAGUAAAAGAGCUAUUUAAGUGACUGAAAACUCAUAAUUCUUCUCGGCUAUUAUUUGUUUUUAACAAUAAAAUGAAACACAGUGUUAUCUGGAAUACCUAGAGGAAUUUACCAGAUACCUUAGGAUGUUCGUGGUUAACAUUAUUCUCUUAUGGGUAUCAGAACUGGGUUGUUGCUUUGGUGGUAAUAGUGCUUCUUUGAAUCAAAACUCUAUUGUACUGUUAACAAAAACUUUAAAAUAUAUGAAUACUAUGGUAAAGAAAUGACAUAGAAACAGGGUUUAAAAUCUCAUCAGUAUAGAUUUAACGUGAUACCCUUAGAAAGUGUUUAAUACUUAAAAAUGUUUCUCCUUUUAUUUUUUAAUUUUCUAAAAAUAGUGCUCUGUGUUUACUAAAUUAUAUAUGCCCUGAUAUAAUAAUUAAAUGUAAAAUAUACUUUCAUUUUGUAGCUUUCUAUCUAGGAAGUAGCACAUUAUUGUAGUGCUUCCUAGUGGUAAAUCAAAGUUUCCUACUAGAGAAAUAGGAUAAUUCUAAUAUGUCUCUGGAAUACUUUAUUGGUGUUACCAGACUAUUUUAUACAUUAAAUGUAGCAGCCAGUAGAGUUUAAUCUUAGUCUAUUAAGUUAUGGAAUAUUAUAUCCAUAACUACUGUCCUACUCAGAGCUGAAAUGUCUGAUUCAAAAUUUGAUUCCUUGAACAUUUUAUAAGUUUACAUGUUUUCCAAGGAAUUUGUCAUUCUUAACUAACAUUGUGCUUCUUUUUCCCUUUGACA